ACCCUUAGCCACCGGACCGUCGUCCGGGCGGGUUAAGUCCAUUCGUUCUUCAGCCCUGCCAGAGGACACCUACAGCGCAAAUCAAAGAGCAGACACACACCACUCAACGCCCUCAACGUACGGACUUAAGCCGCUGUCUUAAGACCGCGCGUGAGGGUAGCAUCGCGCUAUGAGCGCAAAAGAAAGGGACAAACGGGCCAACAACCCGGCUAAGGUGGAAAGCGGAACCGAUUCAAGUGCAACCGACGACUCUGGGGGAUCUUCGGACAGCGAUGGGACGAGCAAGACAUCAAAUGGAUCCAAGAUGGGGUACGGCUCCAAAGACGAAAUUUGCGGCACUUUGGUCAAGUACAGCAUGUUGGUGACCAACUUCAUAAUAUUCAUCGGCGGUAUCGUGUUGGGCAUCAUUUCGUUGUACACGCUGUUCGACAAGUCGUUCAUCAAAGAGCUGUUGGGGACCAACUUGUUUACCGGCGCAGUGUACAUAUUGAUAUCCACCGGGAUCCUACUGUCGCUAUUGUCGUUUCUUGGAUGUGUCGGCGCGGCCAAAGAAGUGAAAUGCAUGCUGUUGGCGUACUUCAUUAUACUUUUCAUUAUCUUUGUCGUUAUGCUGGUCGGCGGUAUACUGUGCUACGUUUUCCGGCAGAGAGUGGAAACCACCAUGGAACAAGAGAUGCUCAGGACCAUUAGAUCCUACGGCGAGGACCGUGUGCUCACCCGUGCUUGGGACGACCUCCAGGAAGGCUUGCACUGCUGCGGCGUCACUGGCUACGACGACUGGCGCCAACACCGCAUUGGAGGAAACAUCCCUGACAGCUGCUGCCGCGAAGUUAACGGAAAGAAACAACCUUGCACUUUGAAUUUCCAAGCCAGCCAACAGAUUUACACAUCCGGAUGCUUGAACGUGACCACUACUUUCAUGAAGCAACACGCCAACACCGUGGGAACAGUCGGCAUAGCCGUGUCUCUCUUUUUGCUAUUCGGAUUGGCUCUUUCAUGUGCUCUGUUCAUGCUGAUCGUUUAAAUCAACACCUGCACAACAACAUCAUCAGGCGGCCAUCAGAAAGAUCAAAAUUAAACAAAAAAAGUUCUAGUUUACCAAUAUCAUCCGUUCACUAAUAACUUAACAACACACAUCUCAGCUGUACAAUAGAAAAAUAUAAUACUCCAAUAAUAUCACACUUACAGUAUUCAUACAGUAAUAUACAAGCAAAAAAAGUAAUAAUAAUAACUAUUUACCAUAUUAAUUAUUCAUCCUCUUCGGUCAGUCAUGCUAACUAAAACAAAAAAUGUCCGUUAGACAAAAAAAGCUGUCCAUCUUGCUUAAAAAAACAACAAAAAUAUCAAAAAGGACUCGCCUCAUUUACAAUAACGUACAACGUGGGUUUUCGAAAAAUACCGUAAAUGGUAAUUUAAAACAUAAAAAAAAAAAAAAAACUCUAUUGAUAGGGUAAAAAUUUGAUACACCUAAUUAUAAAAUACAAUUUCCGGUAAAAAAAAAUCACAUUUAAAACGGCGAAACAAACACUAAUUUCGAUUUUCUUUAAAUAAAUAAAUAUAACAAACGCUAAAAACACAACACACAACAAUAUAUAUAUAUAAUUAAUAAAAGUAUAAAUAAAAAAUAUUUGCCAUAGUUUCAGUUUCAAUUAAUAAAUCAUUUGUUAAUAAACAAAAACAAAUUACAAAUCCGUUAAAACGUUUUUUGGGAAUAUCAAAUUGGGUUUUAAACCUCCCUUUUUACUUAUUAAAAUAUAUUCACCUAUUUGCUUAUUUCUCACGGCUGGGGUUUCCCAUUGUGUUAGUUUAGAUCAUUUUCCAGCGCACGUUACACGAUCUCCGCUUUAAAUCAAAAACAGUAUUAUGUUAGGCUAUUUUAGAAAUUAUAUAAAAAUUAAACUUUAAUAUUAAAAGUCAAUGCGUUGAGUGCAACAGCGACGCAGCUAACUUACAGAAACUAUUUACAGGAUGUACUAUCACUUUAAAGAUUUUCAUUAAUCACUAAAAUAGUUCAAUAUAGAUUAACCGAAGUGCUGAAAUCUAUUGAAAAACAACUAAAAACCAAGAUAUUUUCAAUUCCAAAUAAACAAAUACUUUAAUAAAUAAUAGACUUUGUCAAGUCUUAAGUGCAAUUAUUAUGUGCAUUCUUCAAUUCGACUGUUGCCCUCACAGCCUCACUAUUUAGCUUAGAGUUUGUGUGCUUUUAAAUUUAACACUUUUAUCAUAUUUAUUAAUAUAUUUUAUAAAUUUUUAUUCGUAUCAGUUCGUGUAACAAUGACAAUUUAUUAUUGCACUUAUAAAAAAUUUAUGAAGCACCAAUUUUAAUUUUAAAAAAAUCUAAAUAAGAAUGCUUUUUUUUUUAAAAAGCAUUUAAAAAGUACAUCAUUCAAUGAUAACACAUAAUUUUAAUAAAGCACAUUUGCAAGCAUUUAAAUAAUAUUUAGUUCAAUAAUAACGCACAUAAUUAAUAGUAAUAAAUAAUAAUGCACAAUUUCAAUUUUAAAAAAACACUUGUAAUU